AUGGAUGAAACAUGGGUAAACGAAGGUCAUACUGUAUCAAAAGUUUGGCAGGAUGGUAAUGUUAAGAAAAUCAAUGACGAAAUCGAUUUAAUCGAAGAAGUAGAAGUUGAAGCAGAAGUAGAAUGCGAGAAUGAGGUCUUAGACAAGGCGGAAAUUAAUAAGUAUUUUGAGUUUGUAGAUGAAGAAAUUGAUGAAUUUAAUUUCGAAGAAGAAAACGAAAUCCCAUGGGCAAAAGAACCGAUCAAAAUGAAGAAAACCACAGAGUUUACCGAAGAGGAAAAGUUCGAGCUAGCUCUACAAGCAGAGCAGGAAGAACGAAGACUGCAAAGAACGUACACCAUCCUCGAGAGGAACCGAGCCCAGUUCUCCUUCGCCGGAGGCCGGCUAGCCAAGCAGCAGAAGGUGCUGGAGAUCUUCAGGAGGGAGCAGAGGAAUAUCCUCACCGACCUACACGUCGCCACAGCGGGCGGCAGGAAGAACAAGGACGAAAAGCUCUUCAGACAGCUCAGAGCCCUGCUACGCGAGUACGACGAGUACGACUUGGAGAUAAAAAAGCAAAAGGCCUACCUGAACGAGAUCGACGGCCAGAUCCAGAUGGUCAAGAAGCGCGUGAUAGAGCUGCAGGCGGAACAGAUAACCGACUACAACUACCAACAGAGGGUGUUCAAGAGCGAGAACACCCUCCAAACGUUGGAGAACAAGCUGGAGAUGCAGACGAAGAAGUUCUGCGCCAUCUGUUCGGAGAAUAUCAAGCUGCGGGAGGAGAUCAACCACCUCCUCAUCGAAAGGCUAAUAUUUAUAGGCAUCUGGGACAAGCUGAUCAACAAUCUGUGCAGAGGGAAAAAGUUUAUGCUAGAUUUGAUAGAACAAGCGACGAUAGCGUACGACCAGCGGGAAGAGUGGGUGUCCAAGUUGCAGUCGUUGAGGUCGAAAGCGCACAAUGAUCUCCUCUCUCACGUUCAGGAAAUGCGAGAGUUGCAAAGGAAAAAGGACAACUACGUGAAGCUGCAGGAAUUCUUCUCCGUCAGGGGGCAGAAGCGCGUGAUGAAGGACCUGGAGGAGAAGGAGAUGAAGAAGAGGGUGCAGAACAAGCAGAACAUGGAGAUAAAGCUGGAGAAGUACCUCCAGAUAAUGAUCGCCAUAAAGGAAUUUACGGGUCAGGAUCUGAUCCAGACGAUCGCGCACGACUUCCUGGUGCAGGAGGAGGAGAACUUCGCGCUCUUCAAGUACAUCAACCACAUGAACAAGGAGAUGGAGGACAUGAGCGACAAUCUCGGCCACUUGCAGGUCGAAAUAGAGGAGCAGCAGAUGUUGCACGAUGCGUGGCGCAGUCAGCAGGACGUGAAGCUGGAGGGGGUGAAGAGACAGUACGACGAGGCUAAGCAGGAGGCGGACGAUAAGAACGACGAGUUGAACAAGGUGGAGCAGAAGCUGGCCGUCAUUAUGAAGGGCAUCGGACAGCUGUUCAAGCUCUUCAGGUGCAGCAACGAUCCUCUGAUUAAGCUUUUGGGCAACAACGGGACGAUCAACUAUUACAACGUCUUGCUGUACUUGCAGAUACUGGAACAGAACAUCCAGAAGGCCUUGGUCACCGUCUACCACAAGGAGAUGGGACUCGGCAAGAACAUGGGCUAUAGCUAG